GAGCUUUUAAGGAAACCGGUGCUAUCUAUUGGCUAUUCUCCAACUGUCAGAGUGCGAGUAAGCAAUUAGAGAUAUGCAGAAAACUGUGUAGCAAAUGUGUAACAAGUGGCUCUUAGUUGGUGAAAGUAGAAUAAAUGGACUAUGCACUGCCACCAAAGCAUGAUGACUGCGUCUGCACAGCUCUGUUUGCUGGCAUAUUUAACUCUGACUUUGGGGUUGACUUUGGGUUUGGGCCCAAACAAAAACAUGGGGUUUACGUUCCUCUUACCAGCUGGAAGCACAGAGUGUUUUUACCAAAAGACGGCAAUGAACGACAGCAUGGAAGUUGAAUACCAGGUGAUAGCAGGGUCAGGUCUGGAUGUUGGGUUUAUCCUCCUCUCACCCACCGGACAUCGGCUAGUCUCCGACUUCAGGAGGUCUGAUGGUAUCCACACGGUGGAUCCCACAGUUGAUGGAGACUACAGGUUAUGUUUUGACAACAACUUCAGUAAAAUGUCAGAGAAGAUGGUGUUUUUUGAGGUGGUCAUUAAUAGUCUGAACAGCAAAAACGGAGGCCAAGAUGACUGGUUAGACACUGUAACGUCAGACAGCAUGGUGGACUACAAAAUGGAAGACAUCAGGGCGAGAAUGGACUCUGUGCACCGGCACCUGGAGAAAAGCCAUCAAGUCCAGGCCAUGCUGAGGGCAUUUGAGGCAAGGGACCGCUACCUUCUGGAGGACAACUUGUGGCGAGUGUCCUUUUGGUCCUGCGUAAACCUGUCGGUCAUGCUCACUGUUGCUGUCGUUCAAAUUUACACCCUCCGACGCCUCUUUGUCAACACCAAGCAGGUCCGAACAUAACAAAACCAUCCUUACCUCCAUCGACGAAAGACUAGCAGAAAACACUCAACUGACAUGGCCUCGGGAGCUGAAUUUAAAGGAAUAGUUUACAUCAUUUUAAAAAGCUGGUUUUUGCACUGGAUUUUUUCUGUAAUUGUCAAAAACUGUUCCCUUUGAUGCAUUGUGGAAACCACUUCCUGCUUUUGCGUCAUCCCUGAAAUCACAUUUAUAGCACAAUAGUGGAUGCCUGUGGCACCGGUAUUUUUUAAAAGUUUCAUUAGGGAAGCUACAAAGUCAGCUCUUCUCUCUUGAAAGUUUAUUGAAUUACAAAUGCUACAUUUGGCACGGACAUUUAAAAACUAAGAUUAUCAAACCACCAAAAAACUAAUUAUCAGAUACCUCACCUCAUGAAAGCGCAUGAUGAAGCUUUUUCAAAGCUUUAAAAAAAAAAAAAAAACAGAUGCAAAAUAGUAACUGUAAUAAAAAAAAAUAUUUACAAUCACAAAAAGUCCCUGAUUAGAUUUAGUAUACGACAGUUAAAUAUUACACAAAACAAUAACAGUCAGGUGGCUGGGAAAAAGGCAUCAGAGUCACUUGUUUCAUUCAAUUGCACUUUGUGGUACUAAAGGUAGAGAAGUCAGUAAAGCCAGGUGUAUAUUUCUAUAACUGUGAGCAGUUAAAGACUCUGCCAUGAAUUAUUUUAUUGUGGUAAUGCCCCACCACGUGAAAGGCAUUUUCUCUUUUUCAUCACCGAGCAGAUGCAUGAAAAAUUAUAAUACAAUUCUCCUGCUGCACUUUGCCUUUGUGAGUUGGCACCAUGUCUGGUAAUCUAGAACUGAAAUGAUACAAAACAAAUGCUCUAAGGUCUUCUGGGGGAUUGGGAACAGAGAACUGAAAGUACAUCAUGAGAUUUCAAACCAUUUCAGCUUUUUGUGCCCACAAUCAUUAGCGUAAUUUAUCCCAAAGAAAGAAAGAAAACCCUGAACCAUGCCUCUGUUUGAAUUCUUCAGUUAGGCUGACUGUCAGAUAUCAAAUGCAGGACUGUAACAGCUUUAUUGGGAGUGCCUCUUUGUUUUGAUGAAGUGAAAUUAAAAUGUGCUCUUCUG